CCUCAAUCGGACAGAUCACAUCCGGAGCAGAUAUUUGCCAUGUUUUGCCUCUGUUGCCUCUCAGUUUAGUUUCAGAUUCAGUUUACACCAGUUUACCUCAGUUUUUCCAGCCGUCAUGUCUCGGGGGUCAAGUGCAGGGUUUGACCGCCACAUCACCAUCUUCUCUCCGGAGGGAAGACUCUACCAAGUCGAGUAUGCCUUCAAAGCCAUCAACCAAGGAGGACUGACCUCUGUAGCAGUCAGAGGGAAGGACUGUGUUGUGGUCGUCACACAGAAGAAAGUCCCUGACAAGCUGUUGGACUCCAUGACGGUCACACAUCUGUUCAAAAUCACUGAGAACAUUGGCUGUGUUAUGACCGGUAUGACUGCUGACAGCAGGUCUCAGGUACAGAGGGCCAGAUAUGAAGCAGCUAACUGGAUGUAUAAGUAUGGCUAUGAGAUUCCUGUGGACAUGUUGUGUAAACGCAUGGCUGACAUCUGCCAAGUCUACACACAGAAUGCUGAGAUGAGGCCGCUAGGAUGCUGUAUGAUAGUGGUCGGACUGGAUGAAGAGCUAGGCCCACAGCUGUAUAAGUGUGAUCCAGCUGGCUACUACUGUGGCUUUAAAGCCACAGCAGCUGGAGUCAAACAGACAGAGGCCACCAGCUUCCUGGAAAAGAAAGUCAAGAAGAAGCUGGACUGGACAUAUGAGCAAACUAUAGAGACGGCUAUCUCAUGUUUGUCCACUGUACUGUCCAUCGACUUCAAGCCCUCAGAACUGGAGGUGGGAGUUGUUACCACAAAGGAACCUAGAUUCAAGAUUCUGUCAGAGUCUGAGAUUGAUGCUCACCUGGUGGCUUUGUCUGAGAGAGAGUAAGAAAAGUUGGCAGCCAUUUUGCAGCCAUCAUCAUUACAUACUCAGAAAAGGAUGAUGAAUGGUAAAACCAGAAAAAAACCCCACCUCCCUUACACAAAGGUCUCGCCUAGAAGGAAGAUAAAGGAGGCGCUGGUAUCAUCUUGUUCAGAGGAGGAGCACAACACAGGGAGGUCGAAACAAAACAACACGGAACAAUAUGUUCAUUUUGCACCAGGUGGGCAAUAAAAUGUUACCCAGCUGUGCUGUCUGUGUCCCCACUGUGGCGCUCACCCCGUCUCCAUCCUCCCUGGGCGUAGCCAGGACCUGACUGGACACACAAUAUUAUCCACAUAUCGACCCCUCCUGCAUUUUCCUUCUAGCCACACUGAGACAUCCUCACUUCAGCCGACUGCCACAUGUCACAGAGCCUGGAAAGAUGCCGGACAUUCACAUCAGUUCACUGUAUAUGACACAUCAGCCUGAUAAGCUCCGUGGUCAUGAUGUGUCAGACAGCCACUGACCUCAGUGCCCUCUGUGUAUGCAGCUCAGCCCAAAUGACUUCAGUCGUUGAGUGUGACAUGAGCAGAUUGGAAGAUGGAGGUGUGGUAACACUACAACUACGGCACAAUACCUCUCAAGACUCAGUCUCAGUGGUGUAGUAGCAUCUUGAGUCACUGUAUUUAAAACAGUGCUUCCUAACCAUCUUUACUCAGGGCUGCCACAACUUGUACUUUCUGAAUCUGUCUCAUUUUAAUCAUCUGCCUCAAAGUCUCUCCUCUCUACUGUCUUUAGCUCUACUGGUUUUAGAUGUUUAUCCUCUGAUAUACUUGUGAUAACCCAGGGAACAGCUGUGGGAAUCCUCCCAUUGUGACAGUCAUUAACUGUCACACCCCCUAUUUAGGUCUGCUCAGGUCAAUGUCAAUGGGAAGUCUCUAAUUAUUUCUUUCUCUCCCUUCUACCUUGAUCCUCCUCCCUUCUGCUGCCGUUGCUGUACAUUACUGCACUUCUAUUAAACUAUGUUUUUAUUGAACACUUAA